CGUGUUCAAUGCCUGCAGUGUCACAUGACUUGAAGAAGCUCCUGAAGCUGGAAGCUGAGUGAACCAUGCCGACGACACAGCAGUCCCCCCAAGAUGAGCAGGAGAAGCUGUUGGAUGAAGCUAUUCAGGCUGUGAAGGUCCAGUCGUUCCAGAUGAAAAGAUGUCUGGACAAGAACAAACUCAUGGACGCACUUAAGCAUGCCUCAAACAUGCUUGGCGAACUUCGCACAUCCAUGCUAUCCCCAAAGAGCUACUAUGAGCUCUAUAUGGCCAUCUCGGAUGAGUUGCACUAUCUGGAGGUGUAUCUGACAGAUGAGUUUGCUAAAGGGAGGAAGGUGGCUGAUCUCUAUGAGCUUGUACAGUAUGCAGGAAAUAUUAUCCCCAGGCUUUACCUCCUGAUUACGGUUGGAGUUGUGUACGUCAAGUCAUUCUCUCAGUCGAGAAAAGACAUCCUGAAAGACAUGGUGGAGAUGUGUCGAGGUGUGCAGCAUCCUCUCAGAGGCCUCUUUCUCCGAAAUUACCUUUUACAGUGCACCAGGAAUAUUCUUCCGGAUGAAGGAGAGCAAACACAUGAUGAAAUCACAGGCGACAUCAGUGACUCCAUGGAUUUUGUGCUGCUAAAUUUUGCCGAAAUGAACAAGCUUUGGGUGCGGAUGCAACACCAAGGUCACAGCCGAGACAAGGAGAAAAGAGAGCGCGAGAGGCAGGAGCUCCGCAUUCUGGUGGGAACUAACCUAGUCCGACUGAGCCAGCUGGAAGGCGUCAACGUCGAGAGAUACAAACAGAUUGUUCUACCCGGGAUACUGGAACAAGUGGUAAACUGCAGAGAUGCCCUCGCUCAGGAAUACCUAAUGGAAUGCAUAAUUCAGGUCUUUCCAGAUGAAUUUCACCUUCAGACCCUAAAUCCAUUCCUCAGAGCCUGUGCUGAACUCCACCAAAAUGUGAACGUGAAAAACAUAAUUAUAGCCUUAAUAGACCGACUUGCCCUGUUUGCACAUCGGGAAGAUGGACCUGGGAUACCAGCAGAUAUCAAGCUAUUUGAUAUUUUCUCCCAGCAGGUGGCCACAGUCAUACAGUCAAGGCAGGACAUGCCUUCCGAAGAUGUGGUUUCUUUACAAGUGUCUCUCAUCAACUUGGCCAUGAAGUGCUAUCCUGACCGCGUAGACUAUGUCGAUAAAGUACUUGAGACAACAGUGGAAAUUUUUAAUAAGCUCAACCUCGAACACAUUGCCACCAGUAGCGCUGUAUCCAAGGAACUGACCAGACUCUUGAAGAUCCCUGUCGAUACUUAUAACAAUAUCCUGACUGUGUUGAAGCUGAAGCAUUUCCAUCCUUUGUUUGAGUACUUUGACUAUGAGUCCAGGAAGAGUAUGAGUUGCUAUGUACUGACUAGUGGCCUUGAGUACAAUACAGAGAUUGGCACUCAAGAGCAGGUGGAUGCCAUCAUGAAUUUGGUAUCAACACUGAUCCAGGACCAGCCUGACCAGCCUGCAGAGGACCCAGACCCAGAGGACUUUGCUGACGAGCAGAGCCUGGUUGGAAGGUUUAUCCACCUCUUGCGAUCGGAUGACCCUGAUCAACAGUACUUGAUCCUCAACACAGCAAGGAAACAUUUUGGGGCAGGUGGUAAUCAGAGGAUUCGAUAUACGUUGCCGCCCCUCGUAUUUGCAGCGUACCAACUUGCUUUCCGAUAUAAGGAGAAUUCCAAAGUGGAUGAUAAAUGGGAAAAGAAAUGUCAGAAGAUCUUCUCCUUUGCACACCAGACGAUCAGUGCAUUAAUUAAAGCGGAAUUGGCCGAAUUACCACUGAGGCUGUUCCUCCAAGGGGCUUUGGCAGCUGGUGAAAUUGGAUUCGAAAACCACGAGACUGUGGCCUAUGAAUUUAUGUCUCAGGCAUUUUCAUUAUAUGAAGACGAGAUCAGCGAUUCGAAGGCGCAGUUGGCUGCCAUCACCUUGAUCAUUGGAACGUUUGAGAAGAUGAAGUGUUUCAGCGAGGAAAACCACGAGCCAUUAAGAACUCAGAGCGCUCUGGCUGCUUCCAAACUCCUGAAGAAACCCGACCAGUGCCGCGCCGUGAGCACCUCCGCCCACCUUUUCUGGUCUGGACGCAACACUGACAAGAAUGGAGAGGAGAUUCACAGUGGAAAGAGAGUUAUGGAGUGUUUGAAGAAAGCCCUCAAGAUCGCUAAUCAGUGCAUGGAUCCCUCCCUACAAGUUCAGCUCUUUAUCGAAAUUCUCAACAGAUAUAUCUACUUCUAUGAAAAGGAAAAUGAUGCGGUCACUGUCCAGGUUUUGAACCAGCUUAUCCAGAAGAUCAGAGAAGAUCUUCCAAACCUUGAAGCCAGUGAGGAAACCGAACAAAUAAACAAACACUUUCACAACACCCUGGAGCAUUUACGUCUACGGAGAGAAGCUCCAGAGGCAGAAGGGCCGAUGUACGAAGGUCUCGUUCUUUAAAGAGCAACCCUUUCAGUCAGCACCACACAUCCUACUUCAUGUUUUCUCUUCAUUGACAAGUUUUUUUUCGUUGUUCUGUUUUUUUUUAAACCAUGAUAGAUAAAGUUCAUGUCCAUAGCGUGUGCCUUUUGGAAAUGCCAAGUACACAAAAAUGAUUCCCAUUGAUAACAUUCUUCUAAGCACUUCAACGCAGUUGUUUAUCUAUGGAAAAUGGAGAUACUUCAGGCCGGACCAGAGCUCUUGCUAAAGCCCUUCUGCAGUGUUGAUGUUCUGGGCUGUGAACCUCUCCAAUGCAAGUGCAUUGAUGAGUUUGACCUCUGUUUGCCAGAAAUGUUAGUUACUCAAAAGGAUAAAGAGCUCUUUUUUUCAAUAAUUUCCUGCCCAUUUGCAAAUUCGUCAUGUACUGUAUAUUAGUACUUCUGGAACUUUAUCCUUCAUCUUUCUUCCUAGUACUUUCAGCUGUUGGGUUUAAAAAUCCUUAACUAUGGGUUGUUACAUGUGGGCUUCACCUGUUAAUUAUCUUUUUGUAAGGUUGCAUAUAAUGAUGUUGCCCUGCUUUAAGUCAUCCUAUAUGAUGCAUGCUUUAGAGUCUUUUAAAGCGCUAUGUUCCGAGAUAGAAGCUAUAUUUUGCAUAACAAGGUUCUGUGGUGUUCAGUGAAGGCCAGUACUGUGCACAGAACUUAUUUAUCAACAGAAUUCUUUCUAAAUAGUAUAAAAAAAUUGACUGUAACAAAGAAAGCUUGUGAUCUAUAUAGUGUAUGUAUAACCAUUUCCAUUGUAAAUUUGCGGAUAAAUGCAUUUGAUUUAUCCAGUAUCAUGAUUUGCACCCAAAAUAUAAUAAAAUGACUAUUAACAGUUUAAA